AUGCCGUCGUGGCCCGACGGCGACGAGACAAGCAGUGGCGAGAGGCUCACCGACUACUCCAGCGAUGUUCCUCUCAAUGUGCCUGAGCAGUUGUAUGAUCCUGAUUUCUGCGGUAUCGAGACCGAUUGUCCUGAAACUUGUGACCACAACGAGAAACUGGCGAGAUAUGUCGCGUUUGAAGGGGAAAACACCGGCAGAAGGUUCUUGGGAUGUGCAAAAUCGGGGGCUGCUAUUUGUGGAACUGUGCACUGGAUUGAUUUGGAAUGGCCUCCAAGUUUGAACCGUUGUUUGGUUAGGCUGUGGGAGUUGUAUGAUACAGAGUGUAGUCAGAGAAUUAAAGAAUCAUGUGAGUCAUCUUCAGCUUAUUACAAGCUCAAUUUGGAGAAGAUGCAGAUAGUGGAGAAGAACAAGGAGCUGCAGGUAGAACUUGGCAAAGCACUUAGUGCUAGUCAGGGUUCAUCGUCCUCAUCUUCGGAGAACGCUAUGUCUAUUGCUAACCUUUUGGAGCUGCACAAGUGUGUUACUGAGAAUGCAGAGAAGAAGAGAGAUGAGUUGAUUGAAGAAAACAAGAAGCUCAUUGUUCUGAAGGAGAAGGCAGAUAGGGAAAUUCAAAAUCUGCAAGAAGAGAAGAAGAAACUAGAGUAUGCUCUAGGUGACUUGUUCAAUGCAACAGAUUUGAACAAGCAGAAGCUGAAGAAGAUUAAGCAGAUCCUUGAUGAAUAA